UGUACAACCACCACCAUGUACAGUUCCAUCUUCUCUUCGGUGGUGUCACCCACCAUCCUUGCCCAUUCCUCCGCCCCGCCACGAAUUCACCCCUCCACCCAAACCUUAACCACCACAUCGUCGUUUCCACCACCAAAUCCGUCGCACCCUCCACCCAAACUGCCACACUCCACACACUCUUCCACCACCCUCAACAGCUUCGCAACACCACGGAAUCGGUCCCGCAACACCAAAUCCUUAACAGUGGUUUCACCCAAAUGUUUGGCUCCACCAUUGUGGUCGAUCCACUCUCCUUCCGCAUCCUCGCUCACUCAGAAAACACGUGCAAAAUUCUCGGCAUUUCUCCGUUCGAUCUCUGCGGCGCCGACGCGCUCUCUCUCUUCACUCGCUCCAGUGCCCUACUCCUCGAGAAAGCCUUCAAAGCACGCGAAGUGAACCUGAAGAACCCUGUGUUGAUUCAGUCUCGAACCUCCGGAGAAGCUUUCUACGGCAUCCUCCACCGAAUCAACGCAGGAAUCGUGGUGGAUUUGGAGCCAGCAUCACGGACUGAGAACCCCGUACUUUCAAGCUUUGAAUGUGGUGGUAGUGAUGUUAAGCUUCUCUGCAACAGCGUUGUUGAAACCGUAAACGAAAUGACAGGGUACGAUAGGGUUAUGGUGUACAAGUUUCAAGAGGAUGAGCACGGAGAGGUGGUUGCAGAGAGAAAGAGGCCGGAACUGAAGCCCUACAUGGGCCUACAUUUUCCCGCCGGAGAUAUUCCAGAGGCUUCAAGGGUUUCAUUUCUGCAUAACAGGGUGAGGAUGAUUGUGGAUCGUGACGCUUCUCCCGUGAGGGUGGUGCAUGAUGAGACUCUGGUGGAGGCUGUGUGUUUGACAGGGUCAACACUCCGUGCACCUCAUGGGUGUCACGUUGAGUACAUGGCUAACAUGGGGUGUGUCGCUUCUUUGGUGAUAAGUGUUGUUGUUGACGGUGGCGAUGGUUCCAUGAAACUCUGGGGACUCAUUAUAUGCCACCAUGCUUCUCCUAAGUGUCUUUCUUUUCCUCUGAGACGUGCUUGUGAGUCUCUGGUGCAGGCCUUUGGGAAAGGGUUGAAGAUGGAGAAAUCUUCUGCUUUGUGCUUCCGUUGAUUGCUUUUCCUUCUCUUCGUUUUCUAAUAAUGUCAAUCGCCAUUAACGUGGUUGAUGUACUCUGGUGUUUGGUGGCUUAAUUAUUCGCACGU